CCCAGUAGCCUCUGUGCCAUCACAUUUUUUGAUGGGAUAUUUGGCCAUACAAAAGUAAAAGUGGACAUUCCUGAUUGCAACAAACAUGGAGAUGUACUAUUUUAUAAAAGCUGCACUGGUUUUUGCGUUUGGUUUGUGGGUGCAGGGUAGCAAAGGUAUUUCAAAGCCAGGAACGUGCCCAAAAGUCUUCAAUACCCUUGUCCCGGCACAGCCAUGUUUUCAUGAUGGAUGUUGUCCUGGAGUAGAAAAAUGUUGCACGUAUGCAGGGGGAUCUGUCUGUGCGCCUCCUAUUUUGACUAAUCCAGAGUGUCCAGACCCACAAGGGCAGAUUGGUGUGUGUGGUGAACUUUGCUACAGUGACAAAGAUUGCCCCUGCAGUGAAUUAUGCUGCUCCAAUGGAUGCGGGCACGAGUGCAUAUCUACAACUCAGGAUAAGCCAGGUAGCUGCGGUUCUCCGUGGUAUUUUGUCUGGUGUGGUGACAAGUGCCAGCAAGAUGCUGAUUGCUCAGGACAUCUGAAGUGCUGUCCCACCAUUUGGGGCCAUGUUUGCAAAGAGCCAUACCUGUCACCCUGGUACUGAGCUGCACGGUUUCAUUUUAAUCAAUUCUUUGAAUAAAUACACUAAUAAAUUCA